AUGUCGAUGUUUCGGGCAAAGAAGCUCGAUCUGGGCUGCUUCAUCAACACGCGCAUCAUCCGAGACCACACCAAGCGCAAGGUCUUUGAGCAGUUCGAGCCCGAGAGCUCUCCGCUACGCCAUUCGCAACACGACCCUCCCCCUCGAGUCCGCGCCGAAGCUCAGCUCCAGCUGUCAACGAUGCACGCCUACACGAGGCCGUCCCAGAUCAGGAACAGGUGUAUCCUUGGAGGCAAGACGAGAGGUAUUCUGAGGGACUUUAAGCUGACGAGGUACAACUUCAGGAGACAAGCUCUCGAUGGAAACCUCCCCGGCGUCAAGAAGGCGACAAUCGACGUUGUGGAGGCCCUCUUUCUCCGCCGCACGGCGGCUGUGGAUCCCAACUGUGCUCGUGCUUUGGGAGGCGAUCGCCUGCGACCUAAGCUCUACGGCCAUUCUUGCAGCCGCCAGGGCCCGACGCCUUCUGACCCUUGCUUUGAGCAGCAGGAUGCCGCCGAUAAGCGAGAGGAAGAUGACGAUGGAGCUAACGAUGAUGCCAAUCUCCCUAGGACCCAUUUUGUCGCGCCCGGAUCCCGCAAAGUCCGUGUUGGGGGACAUGUGGACCUGGCUGCCUCCGCCGCCGGCACCGCCCCCGACUUGGUUCCGGGAGGCUCUCGCGCGGCGCUCGUGGGAACUACAGAGCGAAGGGAGAAUCCCGUGACGGACAAGGUGACGCCGCAAUCACCAUUUCCCACCAGUGGCAAACAUGGUAGAGUUUCCCAGCCUUCGGUUACCGCCCGUGAUCGGCGCCGACAUCCCCGACAGCCGAAGCUAGAACUUGCACAGCUUCGAGGCAAGUUUGUCGGCAGGCUCCCGAGUCCUUGCCCCUUCUGGGCCUCGCUCACCACUGACCGGAUCUCUACAGGACGACAGGGUCACUUUGAGAUUCUGCAUUAA